AUGAUUGAAACAACUCUAACAGCUGAGAAGGAUAUCAACAUGCUCUCUCGUUGGGAGCGCCGUGCUCUCAUUGAAGACUGGAUGAAACGACAUGAGGAAGAGCAGACAGAUGUUCUUUUCGAAGCGAUGGACGAUGUCGAAGAGCAGCGGAGGAACAUCAACAGGGUUCAUGACGGUGUCCACCAGCGAACUCUCGUCCAGGCUGAGGUAAUUGGCUUGACUACCACAUCACUGGCGGGCCGAAUCGACAUGCUCCGAAGUCUGAAAUGCAAGGUCGUCAUUUAUGAGGAGGCAGGUGAAGUCAAAGAGGCUGAUAUCAUAUCUGCUUUGAUGCCUGGAGUUGAGCACUUGAUCCAGAUUGGAGAUCACAAACAACUCCGACCUCAGAUCAACAACUUUAACCUGUCGCUUGAGUCAACCUCCGGACAGAAAUGGCAACUUGAUCGCAGCCAGUUCGAAAGAUGGGCUGAGGGCGAGCCCGGUCUUUUACCAGCGCCAUUCGCACAGCUCGACGUCCAGAGACGAAUGCGGCCUGAAGCCUCGUGCCUGAUCCGAGGAGUGUAUCCCGAUCUUAAAGAUCACCAGAAUGUUCAAAACCUCCCAGAUGUGGUCGGUAUGCUAAACAAUGUGUUCUGGUUGGACCACUCUCACGAGGAGGAUAAUGGCGGAGAUGGCACUCGUGUUCGAUCCCACAGCAAUCGAUGGGAGACUGACAUGGCUACGGCUCUCAUCCGUCACUUGGUUCGACAAGGUAAGUACCGAGCCGAGGACAUCGCUCUCUUGACGCCAUACAUGGGCCAGCUUCAGCAACUCAAAGCUGCUCUGAGUAGCGACUUUGAGAUCUGUCUUAGUGACCGCGACCGCGAUCAGCUGGCGCAAGAAGACUUUACAGACGACUUGAGCGCCAACAAGACUGUUGAGAAGAAGAGGUUGUUACAGACCAUUCGGCUUGCAACUGCCGAUAACUUCCAAGGAGAGGAGGCCAAGGUCAUUGUUGUGUCUCUGGUUCGUAGCAAUCCCGAGCGAAAUGUCGGUUUCCUUCGAACUGAGAAUCGUAUCAACGUUCUUCUCAGUCAUGUCAAACAUGGAAUGUAUCUGAUUGGCAAUGCUGAGACUUACCUCAACGUUCCAAUGUGGGCGGACGUCCACGAAAUACUUACAGAUGCCAAUGCUGUUGGCAGGGAGCUCAAGCUUUGCUGUCCUCGCCAUCCCGCGACCCCGAUCGCUUGCUCUGAGCCAUAA